GAAUGAAAAUCUAACAAAAAUUCAAAACACGUGCAAAAAAGUGCAGUGAAUCAUAAAAUUCAUAAAGAACAAAAAAAAACAUGAAAUUAUGAAAAUUUAAUACUUUUUUGACGAACAAGUGCUAAUGAUAAAAGAAAUCACUGACAACACGAAAAUCCAAUUCAAGGCCCCCCAAUAAGAACCAGAAAAAAAAUUCAUAAACUCUGAUCUCCAAUUCCCGUUCAAAACGGCGCACAGCACGACAAACAAUAUUUACAUCAACAAAUGGGGUAGACAGAGCCCGCAACCUGUUGAUUGGGGCGGAUCGCCGCCGCGUUCUCCGCCUCCAAGUUAUCCGGAUUCGAAGCCUGUGAGUCGGCAAUCGAGCUUCUCGAAAAUCGGCAAUUACAUCAACAAAGCCAUGAAUGUGCAGAUGAGAGGAAAUGGCGAGACUUCGUGGUGUUUUUCGCAAAUCAAGGGUGCUUUGGAUGAUGACGUCACCGAUGCUGAUAUAAUUUCCUGCGUGGAGUUCAAUGACGACGGGGAAUUGUUGGCUACGGGCGACAAAGGCGGCAGAGUUGUGAUUUUUCAGAGAGAUCCUGCUUCGAAGACAUCACAACCACGUCGCGGCGAAUACAACGUCUAUUCCACAUUUCAGUCGCACGAGCCGGAAUUCGACUACCUCAAGUCGCUGGAGAUCGAGGAGAAGAUCAACAAAAUCCGAUGGCUAAAGCGGAAAAAUCAGCCGCACUUUUUGCUGUCGACGAACGACAAAACCAUCAAAUUGUGGAAAGUGUCGGAGCGCGACAAACGCAUCGAGGGCUACAACACAAAAGAGGAGAACGGCUGCAUCCGCGAUCCGACGUCAAUAACAGAACUCCGUGUGCCUGCCAUAAAACCGAUGGAUCUGAUGGUAGAAGCCUCGCCGCGACGCAUUUUCGCCAACGCUCACACCUACCACAUCAACAGCAUUUCCGUGAAUUCCGACCAGGAGACGUACUUGUCGGCGGACGAUUUGCGCAUCAACUUGUGGCAUUUAGAGAUAACCGACCAGAGUUUCAACAUUGUCGACAUCAAGCCGGCCAACAUGGAGGAACUCACGGAAGUUAUCACGGCGGCGGAGUUUCAUCCGACGGAAUGCAAUUUGUUCGUGUACUCGAGCAGUAAGGGCACCAUUCGGUUGUGUGAUAUGCGCUCGUCGGCGCUCUGCGAUCGUCAUGCGAGGCUGUUCGAGGAGCCCGAGGAUGCCGACAUGACCAACAAAAGUUUCUUCCGCGAAAUUAUUAGUUCAAUCAGUGAUGUCAAGCUGAGCAAUUCCGGGCGCUAUAUGAUAAGUAGAGAUUAUUUGAGUAUUAAAGUGUGGGAUUUGCACAUGGAAACGAAGCCAAUUGAAACUUAUCCGGUUCACGAAUACUUACGCACCAAGUUAUGCUCACUUUAUGAAAAUGACUGUAUUUUUGAUAAGUUCGAGUGCUGUUGGAACGGCAACGAUUCCUCCAUUAUGACUGGUAGCUAUAAUAACUUUUUCCGCGUGUUCGAUCGCAACUCAAAGAAAGAUGUCACGUUGGAGGCAUCACGGGAAAUUAUCAAGCCGAAGACGGUGCUGCGACCCCGAAAAGUCUGCACAGCGGGCAAACGGAAAAAAGAUGAAAUUAGUGUAGAUUGCUUGGAUUUCAAUAAGAAAAUUUUGCAUACCGCCUGGCAUCCGUUAGAAAAUAUCAUUGCUGUUGCUGCAACAAACAACUUGUUUAUAUUUCAGGAUAAAUUUUAGCCGGUCCUGUUGUUAAUCAUCCAUUAUUAUAUGUCCUUAACUCUAUAUUAAUUUUUUUUAUACUUUUCCGAAAAUUUUUUUCAUUUCAUCAUUUUUUUUUUGUCUUCGGAACUCUAUCCAGUGAACUCAUAAAAAAAACAAAAAUUCUUUAUUAAUUUUCUUUUUUCUUGUCUUGCGCGCGCGAGAAAGUAAAAAAUAAUAAAAAUAAAAAAAAUGCCAAACAAAAAACGAACGCUUUCCAUUUUUCCAACAUCAGCUUAGAAGAGAAAAAAUAUCGAAAAAUUGCACGAGACGAACAAGAAAAAAGUAUGAAAAAAUAAAAAAAUAGUAAUUUAGGUUGAGACCAAGAUAAUUUUUCUGUUAUUUUGUUAAUAAUUAAUACAAAAAAAAAAUAAAA